CUCCUAGCCCCUAGGUACGUAGCGGGGAACCAUCCUCGUUCUUUCGAAAGGUUCAGAGGUCCGCAGAUGCUCAUCACGCCUUACACAAUCGAUCGGCGCUGCAACAAGGUCAAGGAGGCGACGGCUUGUAGACGUCACGAGAGAUGUAAAGAAGGUGCCGUACAUUCUUUUCAUUGGGCUCGCUCCAAGGAUAACUGAAGGGUAGUUUUGGGUGCAGCUCCGCAACCCGCAUUACAUCUGUUAGAUACCAUCUCUUCAUCAAACGUUGGAUCAUAGCUGGGACGGCAUGAGUGGCAUUGGGUGCUUCCCUGGAAAGGCUCAGCAGGCCCUUUUCCAGAAUGGGGGGUCAGUGCUACAGUGGAAACCUGUGCAGCCCGUGCGUUAUGGGGACAGUCCAGGCAGCGACGAUCUUCCAUACUCCUCAUCCUCAGAAGAUGAUCUUACCCCCCAAAAGCCGGCCCGAUUCACACCAGCAGAUGAAGGUGGUCCGAGGAAAAAUGUGCCCGAGGACAAUGCUAAUGAUAGCAUAACAAGCAGUCAACAAACUACGGAGACGACUGGAACGUUUGAAUCAAGUGAUACAACAGGAACCAGUAGAUUGCAGGGCUUACCAAGCAUGGGGCCACAGAGAGGGCUGCAGGUCGAAGAAGAGAGGAGACAGUUGGCAGCUGUGAAAGAGGAGUCAGCAGAAGGGUUUGAGGGAAGUCCGUUGUUUGCUGGAUUGCCUGUCGGAUCCAGUCCGUCAUCAUCCGUCGUCUUGAAAAAGGCUGCACUUCCAGAGCCAUCCCCUGUUGUCUGGGAAUUGCAAGAAUAUGGUGACAAGAGGCGCCAGCAACUGAAGAAGGAGGCCUGGCAGCUGAAAAGAUAUGAGCACCUGCUCAAUCUGCUCAAAGAAGGCCUCAUUGACCAAGCGGACUUCCAGGCUCACAAAAAGCCCAUCAUGAAGUACAUGUCGGAUACGUGUUCAGAACCUGGAAGAGAGAACAAAGAGCUCGAACAUGAUAAGCUGGUCUUCUUGAAGCAGCUAAAAGAGGCGGACUGCUUGACUGGCUCUGAGUACCGCUCAGCCAAAGCUCCCAUCCUGAGGCGACUGGCGGGCUACCGCAUAGUCUCCCCAUCGCGAGACAAAGGGAAGGCAAAGGGAGGCUUCAGGGCCAUACUCAACAAGCUGAAAGUGCACGGACUUCGCCACCACUCUCCCCCUCGCAGCGGAAUGAGUACGCCAGCUGGGUCCCCUCCUCGGGGAGCCAAGUGGAAGUCUGCUUCUAACCCAUACUUUACCCACUCAGACCCUAUUCCGGGUGGGCCCUUUCCACCUCCCACCUUUGCGAGACGCAUGUCCAGCACGGCCCCAUACACACUGGGCACUAACCCGCUGGCGGAAGACAGCCAAGCAAAGAAGCAGGGUGGAAGCGGUGGCGGUGAAGGCAGUCAGACCCCCAGCCAGGACCUGAGUAGCAGCCCCCCCAGCAGCAUCCGCUCGCCUCUAGACUGGCCUCGCACGGCAGGCGAUCGCCGGGGUCCCGAUUGGACCCCCAAGAUGGGACCUGUGCAAGGCGAGAAGGUGGCACAGGCUCACAAACCCCUGAGUGCCGCAGGAUUGGGCAGUGAGGCUGACAGCAAAGACCGGGGUGCUUUUGGCAGCGAGUUUCAGGUUCAGGGGGAUGGAUUCGGCAGCAGAUUGGACGCCCCUGGCAGGAUUCCGGGCUCGGUUUCUUUGGAUGCAGGGAGCAGUAGCCGAGGGACGUCAAAUAGAACCAGCAGUGGCUUUGCUUCGGAGUUCAGCGGUUCGCUGAGUGUGAACGGGCACCAGCUCAGCCAUGCUGGUAAGGAGGCGGUUGGUAAGAAGAGAGGGGGCCAUGGGGAAUUGGGGGAGGGCAAGACAGGGCUGUCCGAAAGCAAUGGUGGACGGCAAGGGGGCAAGGGCGCAAACUACCCGAGCAAGUUCCUCCUGGCGCUUCAUUCCUCGGGCGAAUUCGGGGGCUUCACGAACCCCUUUAGCCAGCCUCCUUUGUCCGAGGACUUCCUCGACUCCCCGCUGGGCACGGAGAAGGAGAUUUGCAGUGAUCUGGAGAGCAGCCCUGAGGAGUCCGCGGGGGUAGCAUUGCCCUCUCAUCAAGGUGCAAACCAGGGUCUGCCUGGCUGUGGCGCUCACAUGCCCGCUGAGAGGUCUGGGACAACGGAGGCCAAACGGGAUAGUAGGGGAAAGCCUGACAACCCGCUCAGAGAGGAAGUCUCGACGGAGUUUGUGGCAGAGGAGAGACCCCAGGGCAAGGACGACUCUGGCAGAGGCGUGCCGCGGGUCAACCUGUUUGGGGAGAGGGGAACGUCCACAGUUUCGGCAAGGCAGGAGCGCGAAUCCCGUUCGUCUGCUGCUGCAGAUGCCUUCGGGACAGACGUCUUCUGCGCCAAACCGUUGGUGAAGCCUGGGCCUCCUAAAAAGCUUCAGAGUGUGCUGUCUUUCCCCCCCUCCUCCGGUAAGCCUGCCGGCCGGCCACCCUCAGGCCCCAGAUCCCGGCCCAACUCCCCUCCUGCUCGGGCGGCCCCUCCUGUCCCAAGGUCCCAAACCCUGCCCUCAAACGUGCAGUCUCAGGACUUCAAGGAGGGGGUGAAGGCUCCCGCCGGGCUGUUCAUGGGGUCCGCUGCAGAUCCACGGCAAGUGAUCCCAGUUGCCCCGUCUCUGGCAGCGAAGAAGCCCAUCCCCGAAGUGAAGGUCACGACCAGGAUCAACGUGGCCAAGAUUGCCAUCACCAGGCAGGCGUCCAAGGGGCCAGCAGCCAAACAGGCCACCGUCUGGAACAGGCUGACCGGACAGAACCAAGGCAAGCCCAAGAAACGGGCAGUGGGUGGGCGGGGAGAAGCGGCCGCGCUGCUGGACAGUGAGUCGGAGGUGUCCUCCGAGGACGAGCUGGGCAACCCGAGCGGUGCUCAACCAAGCCGGGCGCCACAGGUUGCCUCCGAGGCUCUGACAGGGAGAAUCCCCUCUGCGCUGGCCCAAGUCAGGUCCCAAGGAGAGGCCACGCGCCACGCGGCUCCCCCUGGCAGGACCAAGCGUGGGUCCGACGAUCGGAAGCAGCACAAUGCGGCGCCGCCAGCCAGACAGUGGGGGGCCAAGCCCCAAAGGGCGGGCGCGCUCCAUGCCGUGCCUGAGAGCCCUGACAGAGCUGCCAAAGACGACCUGGGAAGCGAAAAGGGCCAGGGCGGAGUGGAAGAUUCGGAAAGGAUGGAGGAGACGGCGUCUGAAGCCUCUGACGAAGUGCUGUUUGAGGACGUGGCCCGGGACGAGGAAGUCAGCAGCAGGAAGGGAGCGGAAAAGAGGACAGCAGAGCUGCAACGGGGUGCUCCCGAAGGGAAGAGCGAGACGGCUGAGCCGCGGGGACUUUCGGAGAAGGUCGGAAGGGAUGGACACCAGCGGCGGCCCAGCCAAGACAUGGACGUGCUGGCCAGCGUGUUCGACCCGGAGGAGCCCGCACCUGCUCACGCGAGGGCCGAGCCAACCGAGAAAGCUCCGCAGGAGCAUGUGCCCCCAGCCGUCGCUCCCAAGGCCGCCACGGCCGCCGGGCAGCCGGAGGCGCUGCGCCACAGGAGGCAGCCCAGCCUGGAGACAGUGCCGGGGGACGAGAAAGCGGGCGGGACGGCUGGGGCAGGGGCGCAGGAGGCCAGCGCCGCAAAGGCAGCCCUGCUAAGGUACCCCGACGGCCGUGCAGGCCAGCAUGAGAGGAAGAAGAGCCGCGACCUCGAGAAGGAGGAGGCCGCUGUGGAGUCGGCCGCCGUUCCAUCCACGGGUGUGCGCUAUCCAGAGGAGCAUGCGGCGCGGCAUGCAAGAAAGAAGAGCCGCGACAUGGAGAAGCUGGCAGCGGAAGCGAGCCUGGGCAGCCAAGCGAAAGGCGAGGGGGCGGCUGCAGAGAAAGAUAGGGUGAAACAAGACGGGCCCCAGGCGGAGACGGCCCAAGCUAAAGGGCUCAGAGCGGUAACCGCGAAGGCGGACGAAGUGAAGCCUGCCCGCAGUACCCGUCAGCCUGAGGAGAGAGCAGGGACGGAGGCCCCUCAGGUGCCCGCUGCCCCGGCUGUGUUGCCGGCUGCUCCGCCCGCACUGCCCGCGGCUGCCCCACAGGCUCCUGCUUCUGGCGCCGGCUCAAAAUUGGCAGACCUCAAGGCUCGCAUGGCCAGCAUGAGGGGAGGCGGCCCUAAGCCUGCCGCCAAGCCCGUUCAGGCGGCCCCUUCCGCAACCGCUGCUGCUGUGAAGCCGAGCGAAGCUUCCGCUCCCCGACCGUCCGAGGUUGUCGUCACAAAGGCCCCCGCGCUCACUGCCACAACAACCUCGGAGACCCCAUCCCCAGCCAUUGAAGCGAAGGCCGUCGUGGUCGCUGUCGCUAGCCCGGUGGUCAAGGAGGAGGCGAAGCCCGGCCCCGCCCCGUCCGCCAAGAUGGAUGUCGCCGCCAGGGUGGCAGCCCGCAUGGCGGCGCGCGCUCAGGUGACCAAAGCGGCCAGCGCCGCCCCGCCCAGCGUCACCCCCCCGGCUGCCAGCACCGACGCCACCAGCAGGGAAGCUCAGCUGGAGGCCACCCCCGAAAACACGAAGGCCGCUCCGGCAGGCACGGCCGAAGGGACGGUCAGCAAGCGCGACAACCGCUCUCUGUCUGUGCCCAAGCGGCCGACAGAACGGACAAACUCAGUUGCAGAAGGAGAUGUGGACGCCGGAGAAGGAUCCCGGCUGAACAGGGCCCGGAACUUCAGCGGGCCGAUCAGCUUCAGUGGGCCGCUGCGGAGGGACGACGUGGAGGGCGGCCGCGAGGCGGGGAGGAGGACGGGCCACGCAACGGCGCCAUCGUCACCACGAGAGGCGGACUCCGGAGGCCCCUUCCAGCAGUCGCGGAGCCAGCCGGGCAGCCCCACGCGCAGCGACAAGCUGCUGGCGCUGCGGCGCCAGGUGACCACCAUGAGCUCCGCCGUCAAGCCGGCCGCAGCAGAGGCAAAGCCGGCCGCACUCACCACCACCACUAAAGCGUGGCCCGGGAUCAAAAGGGGCAAGGACGGCCCGGCCAAGAGCACGACCCCGGGCGCAGACAGCGCAGCGGGCAGUGACACGAGCAAGGACGACGCACUGGCGUUCUCCGAGAACAUCAAGAACACCCUGGGACGGCUCCGUAUGGAGAAAAGCCAGCAGAAGACCCCUGGUGCACACGCGACCAGGGCGCCACAGGCGGUGAAGGCUUCGGCCCCCGUGUCCCGGGGCAUCGAGGGCGCUCUACACGAGACGAGCCGGAACACUCCGGCAAGCACCUGGGCUCGUGUGUCCAAGCUGAAGGACCCCAAGGCUGCGGACGCUGCCCGCGCUCUGCGCGUGUCGGGCGCCAACUGGGAGGAGGAGAUGCAGGCCGCGAUGCAGGGCAAGUACGCCGAGAACAUCAGCCCCGAGAAGAGCGCGUCAAUGGACACGGCGGGGGGCGUCCGGGACAGCCUACGUAACUGGAGAUAACAUGGCCAGGGCAACAAAGCGUAGCGGUGGUGGUUAAGGCUAUUUUUAGAAAGCCAGGAGCGGCGGGCAGAUAGUUGGAACGAUGCGUUGUGGUGGAGACUGCUUCAGGACGUGAUGCCGAGCUCUUGUACUCGAUUGAUGGUUGAAGCUUUGAGCAGGCGUCGGAGCGCGGUAAAAUUUAGCGGUGCCAGUCCGACGGGCUGGCUGUAUCUAAGAUUCGUGGUUUUCCUUCUAAUCCUCACAGGACUGCCCUAGACGAUAGGACACUUGAUAUCCACGACAGGCCCCGUGAUCAUCACGAUCACGACUUCAUCUUAGGACGAGGUAGAACCGUGCCCACGUCAAAAUCCUUGUCUUUGACGGGUGCACUUUUUAGAACCCCUAUUUCACGAUCUAGUGCUUUCAGUCGUCCACUGGCGUUUGAACAUUGUCAUUCUCGAAGAACUUGACUCUUCAAGGACAAAACCGAGGGCAACAGAGUACUGGGCGUGACAUGGUCAAUCGCAGGUGUUUACGAUCUUGGUUCAGUUAGAGACGUGGCAGCAUUAUGCAGGGUUGGCAACGUUGGUAAACAGUGCCCUGCAGUACGUGGCUUCUUGACUCUGCAAACAAUGAUUUUACUGCGACGGUUGUCCUGGGG